UGUAGGCACUAACUCCGUCAUGUUCUUUGGACAGAUCCUAUGGAGAAAAUGAAUGGCGUUUUUGGAUAAAUGGCGAAAAUAAGUUGGGUAUGUGGUAAACACAGGCUUAGAAGAUUUUAUACGUUUUGCUCUGUGGGAUAAUCUUCAUCGAUUAACGUCACUUUUUGUGAAUUUUGAAGAAUUGUGUAUAUAUAUAUCUAUAUUUUUAAAGCACAUCAAGUCUUCAUGAUUCAUAAAGGUCAUGUUAGCUAACUCCUAUUAUCUCAUAUAAAAAAUAAGUAUUAUAUCUCCGAAACCUGUGUUAACCUCAGACUUUAUUUUCGGCGUUUAUACCAUUUUCUCUCCCCAUUCAUUUUCGUCAUAGGGAUGGCUGAACGAAUCAGACGUAAAUCAUUUCCGGGUUGUAGGAUAAUGGCUAGAAUGGAUGAAGUUUCUGUCAGAAUUGACUUUCUGAGUCAGGUUUAGGAGAAUUGAUGCAGCAGGUUAGGAGUGACAGGUUAUGAUAAUUAGGAAAAUUAGGGAAAGAUUAGGAAAGGAGUUAGGGUUAGCUAAAAUGCUAAAAAAAAUAUGCUUUUGACUUUAAUUUGACAAAAGCUGGAUCCCAUCUAGGCAUGACCGAAAAGAAAAUACUCGCAAGUCAUCUAUCUCGUCACCUGGAAGGUAAGACGAAGUCCGACGUAGACCAAGUACUUCUAUAAAUUGACUAUGUCCUGCGACAACCGGCAAGGAGACCAGUUGGACUUGAAGGAGAGAAUAUGUACCUUUUUAAAGGUGAAGAAAGAAGGAUCCACUGCCCUCCAGAUAGCGAAGGCUGUUGGACUGAAGACGGCCAAGGAUGUAAACAGUGUCCUGUACACUUUAAACAGAGCUGGACUUCUUAAUGCAACACCAGACAAACCACCAGUCUGGUCUGUGGAGAAACCAGGGGCGGCGUCUGUCUCUGUGAGUGUUCCAGAGUCAGAUCGAGUGCCUAGUCCUUCCGAGACCCCUGGCAUCACAGUGGAGGAACUGAGGAGGGUGCUGACGUCAAAGAGUGAUGGAAGAGGAAUGAGUGCGCAAGAAAUUGCCAGAGAAUUGGGCCAAUCACGAAAAUGUGUUAAUAAGCAUCUUUAUGACUUGCAAAGUAGCGGCAAGGCAGAAAAGUUGGGAGAGAAAGUGUGGAAAAUGAAUGAUGAAGCAAGCUGUGGAGGAGAGCUUAUUGAAUACCAGAGUGAUUAUCAAGAUAUUUCCAUCAGACUGACUGAAAGCUCCAGGUUUUCCAAAGAUUUCAAAUUAUUGAGUGUUCUGGGUGCAGGAGGCUUUGGGUGUGUCAUUAAAGCCCAACACAAAUUGGAUGGAGAAACAUACGCCGUGAAGAUUGUGAAGAAUAUGGGGCAGAGCAGGCAACAGAUGGCACACAGACAGCAGAGUUGGGGACAGAUAUGCAGGGACAGACUGGCAGAGACAGGGAGUCUCAGAGAAGCAAAUCGUGAAGUGAAAGCACUGGCUACCUUGGAACAUUCUAGCAUUGUUCGCUACUAUACGACUUGGCCUGAGGAUGCCAAUUGGGUCGAUGGAGGCUACAGCACAGAGUCGUCGGUCCUGUCUGAAAUCUCAGAAGACUCUGAUAAUUAUUCAGACCAGGGAGAUGGAUCUACACAUGUAACAAAGCAAUCAGAUUUAGACCUGUCUGAAACAGCCAGCGAAGAUCAAGCAAACCACUCAAUGACCGAUUCCAGCUCCAGAAAUGGGGACUGGCCUUGUUUGUUCAUUCAGAUGGAGUUCUGUGACGGAGGGACACUGAAGGACUGGAUUAGCAUAAAUAAGGGUAGAACGAAGGACAAGGCACUUGGAAUAUUUCAGCAAUUGGUUUGUGGAGUGGAAUACAUCCACUCUGAAGGACUUAUUCACAGAGACUUAAAGCCAGAGAACAUAUUGUUUGGAAGUGAUGGCAUGGUGAAGAUUGGAGACUUUGGUCUUGUCACCACGAUCACCACUCUGAGUGGAGCAUCAAUGUACAGGACUGUCAACAAAGGAACACCAUUCUACAUGAGCCCUGAGCAGAAGACUGGGGGGAAAUAUGACGAGAAAACUGAUAUAUUCUCUCUGGGACUGAUAUGGUUUGAACUCCUGUGGUACAUGUCCACUGUCUCAGAGAAGAGCAAGGUGUUCGAGAGCCUGCAGACAAGGACAUUUCCUUGUGACUUCCGUGAGAAGUUUAUAUUCGAGCAUAAACUCAUCAGUAAAAUGCUGUCAGAGUUGCCUGCAAACCGACAAAACGCCAAAGAGAUUGCUGCGCUCCUGAAAAGCAACCUGUUCGGAAACCAAGCUGGAAUACCACAGAAAACUGUAUGAAAUGUUGUAGGGUAGCGGCUUGAAAUGCUUUGGGUAGAACAGUGAUGUCAGCAUAGAUACAGGUCCUAUUCAAGACAGGACACACAGUGAUGAUGUCAUGCCUCGACUGAAGCAGUAAACUGGGAUGGGAUCUUUUUUUUUUUUUUAACCGUACUGUAUUUCUCUGGAACGUUUUAGCACUUAUCGUUUUACUUUUGUUUCUGCUGUAAGGUUUCUCAAAUGUGAUAACUUUUUAAAAGUUGGUGAUUACAUGGAAUAGACGGUAAAUGGUAAUAUUAAUAUUACGUGUAGGAAAAAUGUUUUGGUCCAUCACAUAUUUCUAAUGCUGAACCCAAGGUGUACUUAUUUUAUAUUUUUUUAACCUUUAUUUAACCAGGUAAGACCCAUUUUUAAGUUAAAAAACUAUUUUCAAGGGCGACCUGGCAAGAGUGCAAAACAGGGAAAUAGAAGCUGUGUCCAUAAAAUAUUACAGAAAAAUACCAAAUAAACAAAAGACAAAGUGUCACAAGUUAAAGAUACAAUAGAAGAUUAGAAACAACUGUAGUUAUCACAAACCGUGUUGUCAAUCAGAGUCUUAAAAACAGACAAGGACACUAACUCCCCUAACUUUAUAAUCUUUUGAAGCAUGUUCAAAGAUGAAGGGGAAUUAUGGGACAAAUAUUGUUUCCCCUUCUCCGUUCUAGCCUGUGGAACAGACAAAGACAGCAGCGAUUGUGAACGAAGACUGUAUUGGGUGACUGAUCUGGUUAGUUAUCACAACAAGUACAGAGUUGAAAUUAUGUCAAUUUUAUUGUGAUCAUUUCUACUUUUUAACUUUCUACUUAUAACAAGGGCACAUUGACAGAAUCAUGGAGUUUAUUUAAAAGUAAAUGAAAACAAAACAUUGAAUGUUCUUACAGGAAGAUGGGUACUCAUAUGGUUUCUUCCUAAUGUGGCCAAGUCUUAUUUUUUUUUUAUGAACGUGAUUUCGAAUGAAAUGUUAGACACAUACUGUAUAAAGAGCUUAUGAAAUAAAAUGUUCAACAUCAA